UUUCACGUUAAAACUUGAACCCUCUUCAGGUUCCCUGUUAACGAUUUUUCGCCACUUGGCUCCGAAAUGUCGGGCAUCAGCACGUUAUAUUUUGACGUUUCCACAAAUUCAACGAAUAAUUCAAAUAUUCAGAUGGACUAAUAAUUUCGGUGAAUCAUCCAUUUGAGAACAGCUGGCUCGGUCAUUUGAGUUCCAAGUGCGACGAUCCCGUGAGUUUAAUUAAAAGUUCGACGACGCAGAGCCCGAGUAUGUAAAAGGUUGAUAGUGAGAUAGUUCAGUUGGAUAAACGAAAUGACUUGGGUCUGCUGGGCGCAGUUGAAGAAUGAGGAAAACAUCUGAUGCUAUUUACAAGGUGCUUGAUGGAUCGAAUUUGAGUCGAGAAGAUCAAGCCGAGCUCGAACGGUUUUCCAUGGAGUUGUUACAUCGUAGAAUUUACUUCACCGCGUACGGACUGUUUCCUUUGGGCUGUUCCCUCGUGAACUCGAUAAUCAGUGCGAUGAUCACGUACCUUGUCAUCCUCUUUCAGUUUCAAAUACCAACAGCGGAUUCUUAAUAUCUCGAGAUAAAAAAAAAAUAAAUCUGAACGGCGCUAUCAUCAAAACAUCAAGAUCUUCGACCAUCGGGGACUGUCGCCCGGUCAUCAUCCACGAUGGAAUAGCCUUGAUGAAUGCCGAAUAUUGCCCAAAAAUAACCGACGUUAGACGUGCAUACAAUAUUCUCUACGUGAUCGGAUUGGAUGUCGCAGAAUUCUAUUCGAUGCCGAUACUGUUUAUUAUACCUUUGAAUUGCGUCCAAAUUAUUUACAAUGCUUAUUGGAGUGUGAUGCCAUUCACACAUAACCUGGACACCGACUCUACGAUUGUUAUAGCCAGCUCGAUAUUUUGGGUUUUCGCACAAAUGAUUCCGAUCGCUAUUCUUGCAAAAAGUGUCGAUAGUGUGAGUGCUGAGAUGAAGAAGAUGGCCGAUGGUAUUUACAAAGUGCUCAAUGGAUGCAAUUUAAGUCGAGAGGAUCAGGCUGAGCUCGAGCAGUUCUCUAUAGAAUUGUUACAUCGUAAGAUUGCGUUUAGCGCCUACGGCUUAUUUCCUCUUGACGGUUCCCUAGUGUACUCGAUAUUCAGUUCAGCGAUCACCUACCUCGUGAUUCUCUUGCAGUUUCAAAUACCAAAAUUGAAGUCGAAAGCAUCCGAGAAAUUGGAGCAAGCCGCCAACCAGCCACAGCUAAACCACUACUAUAAUGGAUUGACGAAUGAGAAUAAUCAACUUCUGGGACCUCGUUCUUUGGAUUCGCAUAACGCAUAAUUGAGUAUUCGAAAAUACUCAGACUUGAGGCGCUCGUCAAUUUUCCCCAAUCUUUUUCGAAUGAAACUUGAAUUUUUAAGUGUCCAUAAAGAGUUGCACUUAAAUAGUGUUAUUGAUGGAAAAUAUGUUCUCAAUGUUUGAUUUUGUAUAAUGAAACUUAUUAUCAGAUCUCUAGAAGUACUUGCUACGUCCUUUAUACCGGUUUGCUUUCUUCCACCAACUUCUGUUGAUCUCAAUAUUGAUCAAUCGAUUUUUCGAUGUUUGUUUGGAUCUAUGUUGAAUGCCUAUAUUGAAAGGGUUUGUCAGUUCAGUGUGAAUAGUAACACGCCAUCCAUGUCAUUCCAUAUUUUUUAUUACUAUCAAUCGGAUCGAUACAGAGUUGCAGUUCACGAUCGAUAUUGCUAUGCAUCGAGCGAAAAAUGGCUUCUUCAAACAAACGCGUUAAGGGCAUUACUGUGGAAUAAAUAA